CUUUCCACCAGUACCAUGGCUGACAAGAAAGAGAGAGAAUCAGGUCGAAUAAAGGAUGCCAAUCUGCGCCGUGUAUUGGAUGUGGCAUCCAGAAAACGACGGCAACGAAAGCAACUGGAUGCUUUAGAAAAUGAUAAUUUCCAAGAUGACCCGCAUGCUGACCUGAAGAUGAGCAAGAAAGCACCAAAGUUUGAGGAAUCAAUGGGAACUGAAACCACAACCUCAAAGAAACAAAAAAGAAAAUCCAAAAGUGAACAUUUUAAGCAACGGUUCAGGAAGACAUUUGCAGGAUUACUAGAAGAAGAGCAAAUGGCACAAAAGGAGCCACAGAAUUAUAUGACAUCAUGUGUCCCUCCUUCCAAGUUCCCUGAACGUCAUUUCUGCGCAGUGUGCGGGUUCCCUUCCAACUAUACCUGUGUACAGUGCGGCUCAAGGUAUUGUUGUAUACGCUGUCUGGGUACUCAUCAAGAUACAAGGUGUAUGAAAUGGACUGCAUAAUGCAUUACUACCAGAGUUUAUUGUAAAACUGAUGGAGUUGAAAGAAUGAUCUCAUUCUUACUAUAGCAGAUGAAACUCAACUCUCGCAGUCAUUAGGAAGUCACGAUUAUGAAUAUGGACACUGGCAUCGACAUGAUUAUCCAGUGCCCUCAUUACAUCAAUAAAGUGACUCUACAACUACUGCACCCUGGCACUAAUGUAGACAUAAUUGCAAGGCUCUGCAGAACACUCACUGGUUGAAUCCCAAAAACAGCAAAAUGAUCAGUCAUAGCCAGAGAGAAGUACGAGUGUACUGAUUAAGAUCGAAAAUGGUUAGAGUAAUACUGGUUUAUAUACUAAAUACUAUUGGAAUAACUCUUAAUACAAAUUCUCUGGCGGUUUAUUUCUAAAAGAGAUGGAAUGUUCUUGAAUGUCUUUGGAGUCAGGAUGAUGUUCAUAUGUGUAGCCAAGAUCCAAAAUAGAUAAGGUUUUAAAUAUUUAGGAAUAAACCUAAGCCAUAUAUAUUUCUAGUUGAGAAUAUUUACACAGUUUUAAUGGAAAAUCAUAUUUCUUAAAACUGGUAAGGCAGUAACAGUGCUUGGCUUGUGCUAAGCUCUGCCAAGAGCCAUUGAUUGAUUGUUGAUUGUAUUGUUGUGAACGUUGUCUGUAGCAAUAGAAGUUUAAUACAGGGCAUUUUUAGUUUUCAUCGAUUUUAAACCACUUUAUACUUGAUGUAAUGCUUU